AUGGUCGCAACUAAUGAAUCUUGGCUCAAACGGGCCGAUUUGACUCCAUCCAAAUUGCUGUUCUAUGCCUCCUUUUGGGCGAUACAUAUUGGUAUUUUCGCGCUCGGAUGGUAUCUUCAAGCAAUAAACACCAAACUAGCCGGGUUGAACGUCCUUAGGUACUCCGUUUGGAUCUCCAGAGGUGCUGGUCUCGUCCUCUCUGUUGACGCAACUUUGAUCCUUCUUCCCAUGUGCCGGAAUGUUCUCCGCUGGCUUCGACCUCAGAUCAGAUGGCUACCGCUUGAUGAAUCUGCAUGGUUCCAUCGCCAGAUAGCCUAUGCUCUUGUGGUAUUUUCUGCAGUGCACACUAGCGCACAUUACGUCAACUUCUACAAUGUCGAAAAAAACCAGAUUCGCCCGGAACUGGCUGUGCAAAUCCACUAUACCCAGGCUGGUGGAAUUACAGGACACGUUAUGCUAUUAUGCAUGCUCUUGAUGUAUACGACGGCCCAUCGCCGCAUUCGACAGCAGUCGUAUGAGACCUUCUGGUACACACACCACUUGUUCGUGCCGUUCUUGUUGGCUCUCUAUACCCAUGCUACGGGAUGCUUUGUCCGAGACACGACCGACCCAUUCUCCCCUUUCGCAGGAAGUCAGUUCUGGGACCACUGUCUCGGCUAUGAAGGAUGGCGAUGGGAACUUCUUGCAGCUGCCUUUUAUCUCUCUGAGCGGUUGUAUCGCGAGAUUCGAUCUCGUCGAGAGACCGAGAUCACCAAAGUGAUCCGUCAUCCAUACGAUGCCAUGGAGAUCCAAUUCCGCAAGCCCAGCAUGAAGUACAAACCCGGCCAGUGGCUUUUCCUCCAGGUACCCGACGUGUCCAGCAAUCAGUGGCAUCCAUUCACAAUCACUUCUUGUCCGUUCGACCCGUACAUUAGCGUUCACGUCCGUCAAGUUGGCGACUUUACUCGUGCCCUUGGAGACGCUCUCGGUUGCGGUCCCGCACAAGCAAAGGAUCUCGAAGGUCUCGACCCCCUUGGCAUGUACGAGGUUGCCUUGCAGAACGGACAGACGAUGCCUAAACUACGAAUUGACGGCCCCUACGGUGCCCCGGCAGAGGACGUCUUUGAAAAUGAAAUUGCCGUGCUCAUCGGAACCGGCAUUGGUGUCACGCCGUGGGCUUCAAUCUUGAAGAAUAUCUGGCAUCUACGCUCUAGUCCGAAUCCUCCUCGUCGUCUUAAACGUGUUGAGUUUAUCUGGAUCUGCAAGGAUACUACAUCCUUUGAAUGGUUCCAAGCUCUCCUGUCUUCCCUCGAAGCACAAUCCGCCAACGCGGCUGCUUAUCAGGGUAGCACCGAGUUCUUGCGUAUCCAUACCUAUCUCACACAGCGACUCGACGAUGACACUGCUGCGAAUAUCUACCUCAACACCGUUGGCCAAGCUCUAGAUCCACUCACUGAAUUAAAGGCCCAGACGAACUUUGGCCGACCGGAUUUCAAGCGCCUGUUCACUGCUAUGCGUCUCGGCUUGCUGAACCAGACUUAUAUCCAAGGUCUUCAGUCGGCUUCUACCACGGAGGUUGGUGUGUAUUUCUGUGGACCCAAUACGGCGGCCCGGCAGAUUAACGAUGCAGCCCAGUAUGCAUCGACCAAGGCAGUUCGUUUCAAGUUCUGGAAGGAACAUUUUUAG